AUGUCGUAUGUACGUCGUUCAGCACGCGUUUCUGCACUUCUAAAGUCUGGAGAAACGAAACCAACAGCCAUUAAGAAGCUCACUGAAAAAGCUUCUGAUCAAGACGUGAAAAAAGCGAUUAAGAAGGAAACUACUAAAGAUCGUGACAUUUCUAUUGAGACUGUAAAACAGGAAAAUGGGCUUAAGGUUGAAAAUAAAAAACGUGAAAACAAUAAAAACAAGGAUAUGGAUUCUCAAAAACCAACAAAAAAAGUUCGUGAAAGAAAACAUGAGAUAAUUUACGCGCCAAGGGUUUCGGGUACUAAGAAAUUGGUUGGUGCUCACGUUAGCAUUUCAGGAGGAAUCCAUAAUGCUAUACAAGAUAGUUUAUCCAUUGGAGCAAAUGCAUUUGCCAUUUUCCUACGAAAUCAACGAAGAUGGGAUGCUCAACCUCUUGAUCCUGAACAUGUUUCCAUGUUUCGUGAAGGUUGUGAAGAGAAUAUGUAUCCGCCUGGUUCUGUGCUACCUCAUGGAAGUUAUCUAAUCAAUUUGGGUAAUCCUGAUCAAGAAAAGCGUGAAAAAAGUUAUCAAGCUUUUCUUGAAGAUUUAAAAAGAUGUGAAAUCUUGGGACUAACUUUGUACAAUUUUCACCCAGGUUCAACUGUUGGACAAUGUACGCUAGAGGAAUCUAUACAACAUAUCGCUGAUUGUAUUAACAGAGCACACGACGCGACAAAAAGUGUCAUUUGUGUAGUUGAAAAUAUGGCGGGUGCUGGAAAUUCUGUGGGAUCAAAAUUUGAAGAACUUGGUAAAAUCAUUUCACUGGUCAAAAAUAAGAAACGUAUUGGUGUUUGUAUUGAUACAUGCCAUACGUUUUCUGCGGGUUAUGAUCUUCGCACAAAGGAAAGAUAUGAAGAAACUAUGACCGAAUUCUCUCGUCAUGUUGGUUUCCAAUAUUUAAGAGGUGUGCACUUGAAUGAUUCUCUCAAGGAACUAGGUUCCCGUCGUGAUCGACAUGCAAACAUUGGUAAAGGCUAUUUGGGUUUGGAACCUUUUCGAUUAAUUAUGAAUGAUAGUCGUAUGGAUGAAAUACCUUUAAUUCUAGAGACUCCUGUACCUGACGAUGACUUUGAAAUUUAUAAAAAGGAAAUCGCUCUUCUAUAUGAGCUUAUUGGUAAACAAACAUUGGCCGAUGCAAAUAUUCCAAAAGGUUUUGUGAAAAGUCUUGGUAUUAAUGAAAAUAAAAUUUCAAAGUCAUCGGGAAAAAAGAAAAAGGUCGAAAAAAAUUCUGAGAUUGACGAAUCCAAUGUGAUUGUUCCACAAAAGAAAAAGGCUAAAACUAAAUAA